AUGUCCGAUUUCGAUGAAUCUAAUUAUGAAUCAUUAUGUGAGACAAGUCUGUGCCAAAUUUAUGUUCGUGAUGGAUUCUGCAUACAACAGACUCAACAGAAUUGUUAUUUCGUCCAUGGAGAUUUUUGCGACGAAUGCCAACAAUAUGCCUUACACCCAUUUAAUAUUGAUUUACGGAAACAACACGAAAUCGAUUGUAUGAUAAACAAAUUGAUGAAAAAAUUGGAUAAUAUUGAAAUUGAUACGGAAAAAUUUAAUGAACACAAUGAUAUUGACGAAAUAUAUGAUAUAGUUAAAUCAGGUUCGAUAUGUCCUCACUAUGAACGAAAUGGCCGAUGUAGUGAACAGGAAGAACAAAACUGUCAAUUUAUUCAUGGUGAUCGAUGUGAUAUAUGCGGAUAUUAUUCAUUGCAUCCAUUUUGUGAACAGGAUCGUGAAAGACAUAUUAAAAAAUGUAUCGAAGAUUUUGAAAUGAAACAAACCUGUGCAAUUUGUUUAGAAAUAAUGGGUCAAACACCGGAAUCCAAUCGUAACAAUGGUGAUCAUGAUGAAUGUGAACAAAUAGAAAAAAGUUUUGGUCUAAUGAAAAACUGUUGUCAUAUAUUCUGUUGGGAUUGUAUACAAACCUGGCGUACUUCAAGCAAUGCCGUAGAAUGUCCAAUAUGUCGGAUACCUUCUGAAACUGUUAUAAAAACUGUAUUUCAAUGAGUGUCAUUUUCAAUAAAAUAAUUUGACAAAAUAAACUGUGAAAAAAUCUAUUGUGAAAAAA